AGAUGUUCAAAAUCAUUUACUGGCAGGCUUGUCACAAACGGCGAUGCCUUCUCCAUAAAUAGUACAGAUCUACUGGUUGUGCUUUAGAGAGUAUGUACUACAGGUAGGCAGUCUCUACCUCCCAUUUCAGGUUAGUUUUCGAACCAAGUUAAGUGAGCUUAGAAGCAGUUGGCGGUUCCAAUGCUCUAGGAAGUGACAGAUAAAGAAAAUGGUCUCCAAUAAAAACAAAAGGGAGCAGAAACUCGAUCCUCUCUGAGAUCCAUCAUCGAAUAAGAAAAUCGUUUCAUAAUCAAAGUUUUGGCAAAAUGACGGCGCCUUCCAAUCAAAAAGUGGAUUAUCCAAAUCGAAAGCAACGAAUAUUAGCUAAUAUUCCUCCAAUGUCACCAUCUCAUCCACGUGCUACAAUAAAUCCACGAAUGCCUGGACACUUUGAUGUUAUCACAAUAUCAGAUGAUGAAGCUGAUGGCCUGAAUCCAAUAAAUGAUGGUCCUCAACACCAACAUCUGACUGAUGAUUGGGUCCAUUACAAACAAGUACAACUGUUUCAUCCUCCAAAUCAAGAGCAUUGCCCACCAAUUCAAGAACUGCAUCACACAGGACAAGAAUUUCAAACACCGAGACAAGAAGUUCUGCAAUUGAGAGAGAUAUUUCAACCCCCAAGACGCGAAAUUAAGCUCCAAGAACAUGGAGGUCCAAGUUCAGCCGACAAAGUUUAUUCCCAAGGACAUGGAGCUCCAAGUUCAAGGCAAGAUGUUUAUCCUCAAGCACAUGGGGCGUCCAGUCUAAGCCAAAUAUUUCAACAGACGAGACAAGUUUCAUUCCCCCAUAGGCACUUCCAGCAUAACGGAUCCAACACAGCUCAUCCGCCACCAUCCACAUGCAAAGUGGUCCAAAAGCUGUCAGAUAACACUUGGAUUGAGUUAGACCUAUCUUGUGACGGCCAGUCAUUAGAGCAAGUAUCUAGCACAAUUAAGCGGUUUGUUGGGUCAUGCAACCAGAUACCUUCAGAGCCCAAACAUUUGCAAGAUAAGUGCAAUUGUCACCAGGUAGCACCUUGCUCUUCAAGUCAAUCCCCCGUUGCAAAAGAAGUACCUCCCACUGAAGAAGCGGAAUCCAUGAGGUCAUUCCAGACAAGCCAAUAUCAGAUACCCUUCUCCAAGGACCUGGUGCAUCCACCUUGCUCCAUUUGUCAAGCGCCAGCGGAGAGCUCUCAUUUGAACUAUGGCGCUCACUCGUGCUUCAGCUGUCGUGCUUUUUUCAGGCGGUCGGUCCAAAUACAAAUCUAUCACAAUUUUGAUUGCAUUUUCGGCGGUCAAUGUUUGAUCACGCCUGGGAAUCGCAGCGAAUGCCGUAGGUGCCGUUUUCAAAAGUGUCUCAAGCAGGGAAUGAAAAUAUCUGCUGUCCUGAAUCAAGCCCAGAAGAGAACUCGAUUUCGAAAGCAAUUAAGUUUGAAACAAAUAGACCAAAUGAAAGUGGCUCUGAGGACAUAUCGGAAGAGGACAACUCCACAACAAUAACUAUAGAAAGGCUCAAUACUCAUGAGAGUAUGGACUCAUUUUUGAUAUGGUUGCUAACUAAUAAUGUACAGAUUUUACUUUGAAAUGUUUCACUCAGAUGUUGAUCCACUCUGCCUUCACCACUGGUACAUAUCAUACAUAUCACAUGCAUGACACUUUGAAAACAAAAAUUUAAUAUAAGCAUUUAAGGUUAGCAAGUGAGGAAUCAUACAUCCUUUUUGGCCAAAAAAUAUAACCUGGUUGCGCAAAAGUCCAUGUAAUAACUCGGAUUGUCCCCUUUAUAGAUCUGCUGAAGCCAAAUCCUUUUUUUGAUCCCAAAAAUCUCAAAGUUAUUAUUAGUUAAUACCUUUAAUAGCACUUGACAAGACUUGCAAAGCUCUGUGACCAUUUUCAAUGUGACCAAGUCCUCAAGAGCUUGAACACCAUUUCUAACUAUGUGGUGCUCUGCUUCUCGAGAUUAUUGUGAGAAGGGAUGAGAAAUUGUUCUAGGGUAUUUUCGACCACCUGGCAGAAAAUGUUGCCAGAAAAUGGCAGAAAUUCACCCAAAAAAGGGGCAGAAAAUGUCAACAAAAAAAAUAUUUUGAAAAUGUUAACUGUUUAUUUAUUGCGACUCUUGAUCAAAUAUGGAUAAAAGAAGCCUUUGACAUAUUAAAACACCUUUUUUAUUACACUUGCAUAUGCUUUCAAUUCGUUUUCACGUCUAACUGUAGCCUUGACAGGCUGGGAAA